AUUUCUAUAUGGGAUAAUAUAUAUGGGAUAAUAUAUAUACAAAAUUUGAAAUUCCGCUUUCGGUUCAGGCAUAAAAAUGGAAGAAUACUUGUUUGGCUCCGGCGAACCGUAUUUUGGAUCGGAUCAUCCAAGCUUAAAUCAAAUGUCCGAGUACGAGAUAGAUGCAUUGGAGUUAUGCAAAAUUCAAUUCAUAGAAACAAUCAACCCGUUCUUACUUCUUGAGCAGCUGUUCCUCAGCCAUAUAUUAUCGAAGCAAGUUUACGCCAAUUUUCGUUAUUUAAGAAAUAAUGGCGUGGAUGAAAGGUUCAUCUGUAGAAUUUUAUUUAAUACUUUGCCAUUUUGUAUGAACUUCUGUAACCUUGUUAGAUGUUUAGACAACUGUAAAUAUAUAAAUUUGUCGUCAACCCUAUUCUGGAAUUUGUUCAAAGUGAAAGCUAAGAUAUUUGUCGUGGUACAGAAAGCUUCGCCAUUUCAGCGGCCCCUAUUACGGGAUUUUUCAAGAAAGUUGAAGAGAACAAUCCAUAAUUCCCCUUGUACAAAUAGAAAACGGCUUAUGCGUUUUCUCGCAAAAUUUUACAAGAAGCGAAUAGUCAAAGAAACAGAUACCGACAAACGUCAACUUUUCGCUGAUAAAUACAUAACAGUUAUAGCCGCUGAGAUCGAUGUGUGUGCAAUAACAUUUGAUGAAAACUUACACAAAAGUACAAUCUUCAAACUAAUGAAAAAGAUGAUAAAUGAAACUAGCAACACGUUAAUAACAGAUAUUGGUGUUUAUGGACGCUUAGCAAAUGCUUACGCAAUCGCUGGAAUAUUCUCUGAUAGUGAUGAUAUGUUAAUGAGAGCUACGUGUAUGUCCUACCAUCUAGGUCCGGGCAUUGAAUUGUUCAAUUUAUUUUACACGCACGUAUAUGUACGGCUUUGGAAAUAUGAACAGUAUCCUACACUUGAAUUAAGAGACGCACUAAUGUUUUGGGGAAGGACGGGUUUAAGAAGUUUACAAGAAGAUGAUAAUUACUCUUUGACUGUAUGGAAACGAAAUCUAAUAACAAGAAUGGUUUAUUGUCUGCUAGGGUUAGGAAACAGAACAAAUAUAAUUAAAAAUUGCAUUAUCAAUAUAGAAGGAAUAAAUGAGGCUAGUAAAUUGUUACAAGAUUUCGAGAAAAACAGGUAUGGCAUUGAGAUAAGGCGUUUAAUGCUUUAUAAUGUUGCAAAGGCAAGGUUUAUCGAGUUAACGGAAGAAAACUAUUUGAAAUGUCUUCACUUUCUCCAACAAGCUGUAAUGCAGGCCGAAAGUGGUCGUUUUGAAGAGCUUCGUUUCAUUAAAGAAUAUCAUACUCAAAUGAUGGAAUCGUUUAACAACGCCAUAGCUGAAAGUCUGCUAAAAGCAUUACCUUGGCCUGCUAUUCAAUCUUCUAUACAUGCAUAUGAAGAUGAGCAUUAUAAACACACAAAGACAUUCCUCGCCAGAAAUGAUUUUGAUUCACGUACAAAUGAAUUUGGUAAUGCUGUAAGUUAUGUAGCUAUAUUUUCACCUUCCUUUCAACAUCACUUGCAAUCAAAUUCCAAAAAUUCAGAUGAUUUGUACACGUUCGAACGUUUGAAAUCACCAUGCGGUACCUACUCUUCUAAUGAUUUCCAUCAAAUUAAUGAAUACAGUUAUGGUCGGGAUAACUCAACCUGUUCAACACCGUCAUUUCAUUCAUUAGAACAAGGUGACUUUUACAUUGAUGUGAAUUUAGAACAUUUAUCGUGCGAAACACCACCACACGAUACAAUAAGAUCUGAUUACUGUGAUCUUGCUUGCAACUUUGUACCACAGCGAUCCUCAUUCUCAACACCUUCAUUUCAUUCAUAUCAUUCCUUACAUUGUGUAAAUGAAAAUGAUGUCGUCUUUCUUCUUUCAUCUUACUUGACAGAUGAUGAAUACGAUAAUGAAGUGUUACCGACAAGAUCGGCGUGUUACACUCCAUCUUUCCAUUCAUAUCAUCCACAUUUAGACGAGUCUCAAGUUAUAUUUAGCAACAUACAGUCAUUGAGUUCUACGCCAUCAAUUGCAUCUAAUUCAUAUUUACUUCAUUCCGAGGAAUUUGAAGCAAACAUGACAUCAUUUCUUGCAUAUGCAUUAUCCCGAAAGGAAAAACAGAAGUAUCAUUCAUAUAUCCCACGCUCGAUAUUAUAUCCACGUAACGAACCCACGGACAAUCACUUCUUAUUAAGAGACUCAUGUACAACCCCCUCCUUCCAUUCAUUAUAUCCACGUAACGAACCCACGGACAAUCACGUCUUCUUAAGAGACUCAUGUACAACUCCCUCCUUUCAUUCAUUAUAUCCACGUAACGAACCCACGGACAAUCACGUCUUAUUAAGAGACUCAUGUACAACUCCUUUCUUCAAUUCAUUAUAUCCACGUAACGAACUCAUGGACAAUCACGUCUUAUUAAGAGACUCAUGUACAAUACCCUCCUUUCGUUUAUUAUAUUCAUGUAACGAACCAAUGACAAUCACGUCUUCGUACGAGACUCAUGUACAACUCCCUCCUUCCACUCAUUAUAUCCACGUAACGAACUCACGGACAAUCACGUCUUCUUAGAAGACUCAUGUACAACUCCCUCCUUCCAUUCAUUAUAUCCAAGUAACGAACCCACGGACAAUCACGUCUUAUUAAGAGACUUAUGUACAACUCCUUUCUUCCAUUCAUUAUAUUCAGGUAACGAACUCAUGGACAAUCACGUCUUUUUUAGAGACUCAUGUACCACUCCUUCCUUCCAUUCAUUAUAUCCACGUAACGAACUCACGGACAAUCACGUUUUAUUAAGAAACUCGUGUAAAACACCCUCCUUCCAUUCAAGAUAUUCAAGUAACUAACACAUGAACUAUCACAUCUUAUUAAGAGACGAGACUCAUCUACAACUGAACUCCCUCCUUUCAUUCAUUUAAUUUACGUAACGAACACAUUGACAAUCACGUCUUAUUAAGAGACCCGUAUACAACACCCUCCUUCCAUUCAUUAUAUUGAUGUAACGAACACAUGGACAACAACGUCUUAAUAAGAGACACUGGUACAACACACGUUUUUGAUUUAUCAUAUUUACGUUUUGAACACAUGGAUAAUCACGUCUUAUUAAGAGACCUGUAUACACAGACUUUUUCCAUUCAUUAUAUUCACGUAACGAGCACAUGGACAAUUAUGUCUAAUUAGAAGACACUUGUACAACUCCAUUUUUCAGUUAAUACAUUCACGUCAUGAACACAAAUACAAUUACAUCUUGUUUAUACAGAACAUUGUACAACUCCUUACUUUAAUUCAUGGUAUGCACGUAACGACAAAUGGACAAUCACAUUUUAGAAACCCUUGUACAUCUCAAAAUGUUGAAAAUGAAUUAAGAAAUAAAAUAUUAUCAAGAGAAUAAAGAAAGCAGUUUACACUUUACAAAAAGAACGUUCAAUCCAAGUAAAUCGAUAAAUAAAGGUCAAAAUAUGCAAUAAUAGCCCUUACUGCGUUAGUCACACAGUAGAAAUAUGGUGAUAGAUACUGCAAAUUCAGUCAUUGAAUAUAAUAUGUAAAUCAUUAAAUGAAUUGUGCACAUUUUUCUCUUCUUUAGUUCGCUUUCCCUCGAAAUGUUUUGGCUCAUCUGGAGGCAUGCAGUUAUAUAAGAUAACUUUUACAACUUUCUCCUACCGUUUCAUUAUACAUUUUUGUAUUCUGGUAACGAACCCAUGAACAAUAACGUAUUGAGAGACCUUUCAUUCAUCAUAUUCAGGAAAUUUAACAGAUGAAUAGGUAGUUCAGACAGAGGGAGAAAUAAAUUUAGAACAUAACAAUUAUGGUAUUUUUAGAUCAGAUUAUUGUGUUGAGCACGAUUGUAUUAUUAUUAUUAUUAUUAUGCCAUCUUCGCAUCGUUCUGCAUUCAGUAAAUGUCGGUGUUUUGUUUUGCUGUUGUUUUGCUUUCAUUAGACUUGCAGCAGGAAAGUAUGAAAGUUUAAGUAAAGAAAACCGUACAAGUCCAUUUUGUGUCAAUUUUGAACCACACAUUGCUCAUUUUAUGAUGUUAACAGACGCUUCUUACAAGGCAGCAGCAGCUGCCAAACCAGA